AACGACGGGAUGUCUCUACCUCGGGGGGUGGGACUCGGUGUGGACGUUGGCCAACUGAUGCAGCAACAACAGCAGCACCACGUUUUACCAGCGGCAUUUUUCCUCCGAGCAAGUGCCGAGCGUUAUCAAAGAACGCCGAAAUGCGCGAGGUGCAGAAAUCACGGGGUAGUUUCGGCCCUCAAGGGACACAAGCGUUACUGUCGAUGGCGUGACUGUGUCUGUGCAAAGUGCACCCUCAUUGCCGAGAGACAACGAGUCAUGGCUGCCCAGGUCGCUUUGAGAAGACAGCAAGCUCAGGAGGAGAGCGAAGCGAGAGAACUAGGUUUGCAGUUGCAGUACAGCAACAAUUGCACACCGUCGCCAGGUUCCGGAAAUUUGCCGGUUCCACCGGCUGGCGAAAGCCCCGUUCAUCCUCAUCAGCACGCGCACUCAAAUCCCACCAUGGCAAUCCCCCCAAGUUCUCAGCUUCAGACUCAGCUACAGCAAACGCAACUUCAGGGAAGUUUGCAGCAGCUUCGAGUACCGCAGGAAGAUUAUCAGACCACCAAUUUGAAGACCGAGAAAAACGAGUCGACGCGAACUUCUCCCGUUCCAGGUCCAAAGCGCGCCAGAAUCUCCGUGGACUCUGCAGGUGAGGAUUCGGAGGACCACGACUCGGCCGGGGAUCACAUGCACGAAAAUCAUCCUCUGGAGCGUGCCGGAAGUCGGCACCAAGUGCCCAACGCUUGCCCGAUUCCGAACUCCACCUCGAGCGACUUUACGACAGAACUGGAGGCUCCGCCGUCAAGGAGGAGUACGAACGGCUCAGAGUCCGCGAGUCCUGAUCCUCGAGAUUCCCCGGUUGAGAACACGCCUCCCUUGACACCGGCCCUAACACCGCAACGCGAGGAUACGCCUGCCCCGGAGAACCUGAGUCUGCGUAAAACCGGAAGCCCUCAAGCCCAGCAGACGCCCCUUCAGACAAACCUUGUUCAGGCUCAUCACAGCCCGCCGCCUCAUUCGUUAACGACAGCAGCUCACUUUUCCCCAUACGCGCCGCUUUACGGACCAGCGGCAAGUUCGCUCUACUGCGCCCCGUCUCUGUACCAACAUCAGCAUCAGCACCACCUCCACGAGCAACGAGAUUUGCAAAUGCAAAUGCAGGGAAUUCAGCACUGCAAUUUGCAGAUUCAGCAGAGAUCGCCGGUCGACGUACUCCUACGAGUGUUUCCGGGUCGUCGUCGAGCCGACGUCGAGGCUCUGCUUCACCGAUGCAAAGGCGACGUUGUCUCGGCAAUGGAGGUAAUGGUCUGCGAGGACGCCCUGCACCCAAAAUCGGCCUUUUCACCACUCGCCGGGGCGCUGGCGUCGGCCGCAGCCGCAGGACUCGCAGGAGCGGCAUCGAGCGCCUAUUCGCGCAGCGCUUACUGCACAGCGGCAGCCUCCCUGGCCCAAAGCCAAGGCCUACCGAAUCCGAAUUCGACCCCGCCAACCAGGCACAGAUUCCUGGCGGCCCCUUACACGGGGACCGGUUACCUCCCCACGGUAAUAAGGCCGCCGAAUCAGGGGCCCCAGGACUUUGGGGCCCACAAUAACGGGGCGAGUACAGGCGACGCCUACAGAGAAAUGAGCCCCGAUAACGCGAGCGACAAGACUAGCUACUCCGAGUGAUACAUCGGCGGCUACUAUCAGCACGCUAGCUUCUAUCAGUAGCCGCUUAUCGCCAAAUUAGUGCAGACAAGAGGUUACCAGAGGAAGGCCAAUC